AUGGAGCAGCAGUACCCUCGCAUCGAAGUGCUUGGUGAUGGCCCGGACGCAACGCUGCAGAUUGAGUUCAGCCCGGGAGAAGACCGAAAACAAUGGAAGUUGAGCAAGCUCCAACGAAUCUGUCGUCUACCGCUCUGCCUGAUCGACAACGCUACCAAAACGCCAAAUGCCCUAACCCAGGAAGAGCGCAAGGAGGUAUGGCGUCUUGUGAAUUGGGCAUUCAGGCUUAGGCAUCUGUAUGUACUUGCUUCGAGCCAUGCGCGUUGGCAGCUGGAGAAUCAGAUUGUCGAUGUCGUGCUGUCAAAGAUCAAUCUGGUCGGGUCCAUUGAAUACCAAAAGAGUCUGAGGUUUGAGAACUUGGAGAAGUUGAUCGAUGGAACGAUGACCAAAGCUAUGGCGAUCAUACUCAACGCAUUCAGGGUCGAAGGAUUCGUCGUGCAAAAUCCCGAGCUCGACGAUAUCAUCUCGAAGUACUUGGGAUUUUCUGCUUGGGAUAGUCCGUCUCUAUUCACAACACAAGGACAGGGGCUUCGAGAGCUCUAUUUGUCCAGAUUCCGUCCUGAGGUACCCGACGACCAGAAGGUAGCGCUGUCCACCAACCUCAAUCUCUCGCGCUGGAUCAAGACCGAGCCUACCACGAGAGGCGAUAUCCCGUCCAGCAUACGGCUGGCCGCCACCAUGCAUGAAGCGAUGACAGCAGCUGAGUGCUGUGAUCGAUUUGGAGCUCCAGGGACCGUUGUGGACUUGGAUGUUUCGUCAUACGAGAGUAGACUCGCACAGUCUGGACAUCAAGUGGCUUUCCAUCUGUGCUUGAGGUUCAGUGAUGCAGUCACCCGAAGAAUGGUGGCGUACGCACAGCAAAAAGACCAACAUUUAGCUCGUCACAAUGUCAACCAGGCGACGCCAACCGAAGAACAGAUGAGACGCGCUCAAGGCAGGCUCACUGUUCUGGAAAUUGAGUCCAAGAUCUACAACAAGCACAAAAUGGUUAGAGCAAGCGCUCGAGCUCGACAAGUAGCUGGCACUGUCAAUCGAGUCGUGCCCACCGCGGGAACUAUACACGGAGUUGGUGCAGCGACAGCUCAACAGCUGGUCGGCCAGCAUCACCAUGUUCAACCAGUUCUUGCUCGCACUCGUCAUCCACUCCCAGUGUACUAUGGAGGAUCUGCAAUACAAGCUCAAGCAAACCGUGUGCCUCCUCCACUCGUGCAGGGUCAUACUCGAGUUGAAGGCGUCUCGACCGGUCAGCACCGCAACACAGUCUUGCCUGCAGCGCGUAAUUCGUCCCAAGUCAUCGUGGUCGACGAUGAUGACGACGGUGGUACCGGCCCCGCAGCAAGCAUCGACCAGUCUGGUGAGGCUGCAUCGACCGGACCCGUGGGUCGAGCCAAUGCCCGUGGUGGGGCGAACCAGGCCGAGGAAGCCACCGUCAAUCAGCAAGAACAGGUGGAGGCUUCCGGCACGGCUGUGGCGAACGCGACCAAUGAGGACUUGAACGACGAAGAGCUGCGCCAGCCAAACCGUGGUCUGAAACGUCGACACAGUCAAAGCGCAUCCGAGCGUGGGGAAGAUUGA